UGAUCUCUCCUGAAGUAUGUUCAAUAUGGCUGCAUCUCUCACUGUUCUCAGCGCUCUUGUGUUUCUGUUAGGGCAUGGGCAUGGGCAUAAGCACACUUUUCCAAUGAGAUGGUGCACAACAUCCAAUGAAGAACAAUCCAAAUGCGAUGACUUUAAAGUUGAGUUGAUGAAAAUAGAUAAUACUACCAUACCUGGAUGUGUUCAGGCCGAAAAUGCUGUUGAAUGCAUGGAAAAAAUCAAAAAAGGAGAGGCAGAUUUGAUCACCCUGGAUGGUGGAGAUGUAUAUAAAGCAGGUAAAGAGUUUGGAAUGGUUCCUGUGGUCGGCGAAGAUUAUGGUUAUGGCACAUUGAGCUACUAUGCUGUAGCAGUUGUAAAGAAGACCAACACUGAGAUUCAAUUUGACAAGCUGGAAGGCAAGAAGACAUGCCACACUGGAGCUGGAAAAACAGCAGGUUGGAAUGUGCCAGUUGGAACUCUUCUCUCCAAGAAAUACAUGAAGUCGGAUCCUAGCUGUAAUCCCUAUGUAGCAGCAGGAAAAUAUUUCAAGGAAAGCUGUGUUCCGAGUAAGUAAUGAUCAAGUCUUCCUUGUUAUAUUCACCUCUUACCUAGUCAUGAGUCAGCUAGUACAUAGCCUGCAAACAGGCUCCUGGUGAGCCCAAACAAAGCAAGACUUAGUGAGCCUUUAGACAUUCUAUUGAUGCCCCCUUUCCAUGAUACCAGGAUCUGGUAUCAUGAUGUGAUUGGUUAAAUUGUUGAUUGUUGACAUCUUUGAGAUGAAUAUUUGACAGAUCUUUGUAAAAUGUGGCUGACCGCCAUACACGACUCCCAAUUGGUUCAUGACAUUG